GUUUUCAAACGUUCUCUGUUUGUUAUGACCUUUGUCCCGUCUCUCGCAGUCGCAGUCGCAGUCCCACUCUGCAAGUCUCUUUCUCGAAUCCAUGGCGUCCAUGAUCGGAGCUCCGUCGUCUUCCUCAUUCAAACUCCCUUUCUUGCCAUCUCGAACACCAUCCUCAACUCCCGCUCUCUCUUUUAACCUUUUUUUCUCAAAACCCUCUAAACCCUCUUUCCUCCUCUCCUCCUUCACCCAUGUUCCUCUCUCGAUAUCUCCGUCCACCGAAAUCUCCGGCCCUCGCCGGAGAUCGCUCGUGGUCCGAGCGGCUAGGGGGAAGUUCGAGCGCAAGAAGCCGCACGUCAACAUCGGGACGAUAGGACACGUAGACCACGGCAAGACGACGCUGACGGCAGCCCUAACCAUGGCGCUGGCUUCCAUGGGGAACAGCGCGCCGAAGAAGUACGACGAGAUUGACGCGGCUCCCGAGGAGCGUGCCCGGGGCAUCACCAUCAACACCGCCACCGUCGAGUACGAGACUGCGAACCGCCACUACGCCCACGUGGACUGCCCCGGCCACGCCGACUACGUCAAGAACAUGAUCACCGGCGCCGCUCAGAUGGAUGGCGCGAUUCUCGUCGUCUCCGGGGCCGACGGCCCCAUGCCGCAGACGAAGGAGCACAUCUUGCUCGCCAAGCAAGUCGGCGUCCCGAACAUGGUCGUCUUCUUGAACAAGCAGGACCAGGUUGACGACGAGGAGCUUCUCCAACUGGUCGAAUUGGAGGUCAGAGAUCUUCUCUCCUCCUACGAAUUUCCCGGCGACGAGGUUCCGAUGGUCUCCGGCUCCGCAUUGUUGGCUCUAGAGGCUCUAAUGGCGAACCCCAAAAUCAAGAGGGGAGAGAAUCAGUGGGUUGAUAAAAUCUACGAUUUGAUGGAUGAAGUUGACAAUUACAUUCCAAUUCCCCAGAGGCAAACCGAUCUACCGUUCCUCUUGGCGAUUGAGGAUGUUUUUUCGAUCACCGGCCGCGGGACAGUGGCGACAGGGCGUGUUGAGAGAGGAACUGUCAAGGUUGGAGACACUGUGGAUAUAGUUGGGCUUGGAGAGACUAGGAGCACCACAGUUACUGGGGUUGAGAUGUUUCAGAAGAUCCUUGAUGAGGCUCUUGCUGGUGACAAUGUGGGGGUUUUGCUUAGAGGAAUUCAGAAGACUGAUAUUCGGAGAGGGAUGGUUAUUGCCAAGCCUGGCACCAUCACCCCGCACACAAAAUUCGAGGCCAUUGUGUAUGUUUUGAAGAAGGAAGAAGGCGGGAGGAGCUCGCCGUUCUUUGCAGGUUACCGGCCGCAGUUUUACAUGAGGACGACCGAUGUUACCGGGAAGGUUUCUAAGGUUAUGAAUGACAAGGAUGAGGAGUCCAAGAUGGUUAUGCCUGGCGACCGGGUUAAGAUGGUUGUGGAACUUAUAAUGCCGAUUGCUUGUGAGCAAGGGAUGAGGUUUGCCAUUAGAGAAGGUGGGAAGACUGUUGGAGCUGGUGUCAUUCAGUCAAUCAUCGAAUGAUCUGUUUAGUUAUGUUAGUUUUUCUGUUUGUUGAAUUAUCUUUGUGUUCUCUUUGUGGGACUUCAGGUGUUACAUUUUGUUGAUAGGUUAAUGUAGAAUGAAUAAUGAAACAUGUUUGUUUCUCAUAUCUGUAUGCUGCUACUGCUAGUGAUGUUAAUUGUUACAAUUUUGAAGCUUGGCGCGAUUAUAGGUCUGUACUUGCCUGUUAAAUAGGUUUGAAUAUAAAUGUAAUUUGCAUUGCC